CAAAUUGGGUUCUUGAAUUAGUUCUAAAAUUACUUUGGGUUUCCCCAUUUUGUGUCAGUUUAUCAGCUCCUAGUGUUAUUAGUUACAUAUCUUUAUUCUAUGCUGAUUGUUGUGGAAAUAUCUGCUAGCCUAGUUGCAUUGGAUGUACAUUUUGUGUUAGUUUCCUUUUUGUUGGGUAUGCGAACCAAAGUCCCGAAGGGAUUGAGAAGCCACGUAUAAGGUGUAGGAUCUAUUAAUGAUUGUGAGGCCUGUAAAAUAUUAGACAUACAAAGAAGUAAUUGCGAGUACUACAUAUACAUAAAAAUAACCAUCUUGCGUUGCGUCCUCCUGGCUCUGCCAUUGGCGUAUGGUUUUGGUAAAUCAGCUAAACGACAUGGAAGAGAAGAGUGAGAUCGCGAAAGAUGUCACGGAACUUAUUGGGAACACCCCUAUGGUAUAUCUCAACAGAAUCGGCGAAGGUUGUGGUGCCCAAAUUGCAGCCAAAUUGGAGACAGUGCAACCGUGCUCAAGUAUCAAAGAUAGGGUUGCAUGGAGUAUGAUCAAAGAUGCAGAAGAGAGGGGCCUGAUUACGCCUGGAAAGACGGUCCUCAUUGAGAUAUCCAGUGGAAAUACCGGCAUUGGUCUUGCAUUUAUUGCAGCAGCUCGUGGCUAUAAACUCGUGAUAGUGAUGUCAGCAUCAUAUAGUCUUGAGAGGAGGACUGUUCUUAAAGCUUUAGGGUCUGAGUUAUACAUCACAGAUCCAGCCAAAGGUAUGGAUGGCGUGCUUCAGAAGGCCCAAGAGAUAAUAGAUAGGACACCGAACUGUCAUUUUCUUCGUCAGGCUGUGAACCCUGCCAACCCAAAGAUCCAUUAUGAAGCAACUGGACCUGAAAUAUGGAACUGUACUGGAGGUAAAGUUGAUAUUUUUAUAGCUGGGAUUGGGACUGGAGGCACAGUGACAGGAAUUGGACGGUUUCUCAAGGAGAAGAAUCCAGAAAUAAAGGUAUAUGGUAUAGAACCAGCUGAAAAUGCAUUUCUAAAUGGAGGACAACUAGGGCCGCAUAAAAUCCAGGGAAUUGGUCCUGGAUUUAUCCCACCAGUUCUCGAUCUCAGCAUCCUGGAUGAAGUUCUAGAAGUAUCUAGUGAUGAAGCUAUUGAAAUGGCAAAGCUUCUUGCAUUGAAAGAAGGCCUGUUGGUAGGAAUAUCAUCAGGUGCUGCAGCUGCUGCUGCAGUAAAAGUAGCAAAAAGGCCAGAAAAUGCUGGGAAACUUAUUGUGAUAAUCUUUGCUAGUUCUGGGGAGCGUUAUCUUUCCACCGUGCUGUUUGAUUCCAUUCGAGAAGAGGUCGAAAAUAUGACUUUCGAGUAACUUUAUGCCUCUUUGGACCAAGAAAUAAGGUAUUCAAGGAAGUUAUGUGUUGUAACUUGAGCUAAAACAACUAACUGUAAGCUCCUAAAUUGGUGAACUAUUGUUAAAGAAAACAAAUAUUCUUACCAUUUGAAUAAUGUAAAGAAAACUAUUUGUUUGCCUACA